AUGGCACAUGAUAUUGCAGUUUUUUGGAUUACUUUGGUUCUAUUUCAGAAUUCUGUCUUAGCUGAAGAUAGUGAAAUAAGAUCAAGUUGCCGUACUGCUCCAACAGAUUUGGUUUUCAUCCUAGAUGGUUCUUAUAGUGUUGGCCCAGAAAACUUUGAAAUAGUGAAAAGGUGGCUCGUAAACAUCACACAAAACUUUAACAUAGGACCAAAAUUUGUUCAAGUUGGAGUGGUCCAGUAUAGCGACUACCCUGUGCUGGAGAUUCCCCUGGGCAGCUAUGACUCAGGAGAGAAUCUGAUAAAAGCUAUGGAAUCUAUACACUAUUUGGGAGGAAACACAAAGACUGGAAAGGCCAUCCAGUUUGCACUGGAUUAUCUUUUUGCAAAAUCCUCACGAUUUCUGACAAAGAUUGCAGUGGUACUUACAGAUGGUAAGUCCCAAGAUGAAGUGAAGGAUGCAGCAGAAGCAGCAAGAGACAAUAAGAUCACGUUAUUUGCUAUUGGUGUUGGUUCAGAAACAGAAGGUGCAGAGCUGAGAGCUAUUGCCAACAAGCCUUCAUCUACUUAUGUGUUUUAUGUGGAAGACUACAUUGCAAUAUCCAAAAUAAGGGAAGUCAUGAAGCAGAAACUUUGUGAAGAAUCUGUCUGUCCAACAAGAAUUCCUGUGGCAGCUCGUGAUGAGAAGGGAUUUGACAUACUUUUAGGUUUGGGUAUAAAGAAAAAGGUUAAGAAAAGAAUUCAGCUCUCACCAACAAAGAUAAAAGGAUAUGAAGUAACAUCAAAAGUUGAUUUAUCAGAAUCCACAAGCAAUGUUUUCCCAGAAGGUCUUCCUCCAUCAUAUGUAUUUGUUUCCACUCAGAGAUUUAAGGUCAAAAAAAUGUGGGAUUUAUGGAGAAUAUUAACUAGUGAUGGAAGGCCUCAAAUAGCUGUUACCUUAAAUGGUGUGGAGAAAACAUUAUUAUUUACGACAACUAGUGUAAUUAAUGACUCACAAGUGGUCACCUUCACUGAACCUGGAGUUAAGACAUUGUUUGAUGAAGGCUGGCAUCAGAUUCGUCUCUUAGUAACAGAGCAAGAUGUGACUCUGUAUGUUGAUGAUCAACAAAUUGAAAAUAAACCCUUACAUCCAGUUUUAGGAAUCUUUAUCAAUGGACAAGUCCAAAUUGGAAAAUAUUCUGGAAAAGAUGAAACUGUACAGUUUGAUGUACAGAAGUUGCGCAUCUACUGUGACCCAGAGCAGAACAACCGAGAAACAGCAUGUGAAAUUCCUGGCUUUAAUGGAGAGUGCCUAAAUGGUCCCAGUGAUGUAGGUUCAACUCCAGCUCCCUGUGUUUGUCCUCCAGGAACACCAGGAUUACAAGGUCCCAAAGGUGACCCUGGCCUACCUGGCAGCCCUGGCUAUCCUGGACAACCUGGUCAAGAUGGUAAGCCUGGAUACCAGGGACUCACCGGUUCACCAGGUGUUCCAGGUUCCCCAGGAGUGCAAGGAGCUCAAGGACUGCGAGGUUACAAAGGAGAACCAGGGAGAGAUGGUGGAAAGGGUGACCGUGGAUUUCCUGGAUUUCCUGGGCUUCAUGGAAUACCAGGAUCAAAGGGUGAAAUGGGUCCCAAAGGAGAUAAAGGAUCACCAGGAUUUUAUGGCAAAAAGGGUGCUAAAGGUGAAAAGGGCAAUGUGGGCUUCCCUGGCCUUCCUGGACGUGCUGGAGAACCAGGAAGACACGGAAAAGAUGGAUUAAUGGGUAGUCCUGGUUUUAAGGGAGAAGUAGGACCCCCAGGUUCUCCAGGGCAAGAUGGACCCCGGGGAGAGCCUGGAAUUCCUGGAUUUCCUGGAAGCCAAGGACUAAUGGGCCAAAAGGGAGAAAUUGGGCUUCCAGGACCAAUAGGGAAGAAAGGAGCACCAGGAAUGCCAGGUUUGGUGGGAAAUGCUGGCUCACCAGGCCAGCCUGGAACACCAGGACCUAAGGGGAGCAAAGGUGAACCUGGACUUGCAGGUAGUCCUGGAGCUUCUGGGCUCAAGGGAGAGCCAGGAUCAUCGGGUCUGCCAGGAGAACCAGGAUACAUGGGUUUACCUGGAAUUCAAGGAAAAAAGGGGGACAAGGGAGAUCAAGGUGAAAGAGGCAUUCAGGGUCAAAAAGGAGAAAACGGAAGGCAAGGAAUUCCAGGGCAGCAGGGAAUUCAAGGUCAUCCUGGUGUAAAAGGAGAGAGAGGUGAAAAUGGAGAACCUGGUAUCAGAGGUGCAAUUGGACCAAAAGGAGAAUCUGGGAUGGAUGGCAUGAUGGGACCAGCAGGUCCCCAAGGGCCACCUGGGGAAACAGGUCCUCAGGGCCCUCCAGGACUGGAUGGGAAGCCGGGAAGAGAAUUUUCAGAACAAUUUAUUCGCCAAGUUUGCACUGAUGUAUUGAGAGCCCAGCUGCCAGUCUUACUUCAGAGUGGAAGAAUUCAAAAUUGUGAUUAUUGCCGGUCCCAGCGUGGUUUCCCUGGUGUUCCUGGACCACCUGGCCCCAUAGGCCCAGAAGGUCCCCGAGGAUUUCCUGGUUUGCCAGGACGAGAUGGUAUUCCUGGAAUAAUAGGAGCCCCUGGACGUCCAGGUGCCAGAGGAAUAAGAGGGCUACCAGGAAGAAAUGGCGAGAAAGGGAGCCAAGGGUUUGGGUUUCCUGGAGAACAGGGUCCUCCUGGCCCCCCAGGUCCAGAGGGCCCUCCUGGAAUCAGCAAAGAAGGUCCCCCAGGGGACCCAGGUGCUCCUGGGAAGGAUGGAGACCAUGGAAAGCCUGGAAUCCAAGGGCAGCCAGGGCCCCCUGGCAUGUGUGACCCAUCACUGUGCUUUAAUGCAAUUGUUGGAAGAGAUCCAUUUAGAAAAGGACCAAACUAUUAG